AAGAGGAAUUUUGAGAAAUAGUUAGCUGCUGUCGCUAGUAAUUCUUACUACGACUCAUGCAAAGUAACACGUGAGGAAGUCCUUCUUACUUUUCUUGUCUUUACUUUUUGACCAUUUCUGUUUAUUGAUCCUGAUGGCUCAACAUUGCUUCCAAAAUGAAUAUUUUGAUAGCUUGCUGCAGUCCUGUAAGCCUUGUCACCUUCGAUGCUCCAGUAAGCCACCUUUUUCAUGUCAGAACUAUUGUAAUGAGAGUGCUGCAGACCCAGUGAAAUUAUCACAUGGAAUUAUUUGGAUCUGUUUAGGCAUAGGAAUACUUUUAACAUUCGCAGUGUUUGUAUUAAUGGUCCUAUUUAAAAGGAGGUACUCAAAACCAUCAAAGGAAGAAUUGAAAAGUACAGAACCUUCCGUGAAGCUAAAUAUUAUACUCCAGACUGACACUGAGAGCUGUGUGAAUGCAGAUGGAAUUGGAGAGACACUCCAAAGUGAAUCAUCACUCAUGUAUUCAGUACAGGAAUGCACUUGUGUGGACUAUAACUUGGUGAAACCCCAAACUGGCUUUGAUACCUCUUUCCCAUUACCAGCCACAGAGGAAGGAGCUACUGUUUUAGUUACUACAAAGACUUCUGAUUGUUGCAGCCAUCUUCCAGGUGUUGUACAACUGUGAUAGGGAGAGAAGUGUUUUUACUGCACACAGUGAAUCAGUUCAUAGUGUAAUAUAGAGAUAAUAUAGUCAUACUCAUAAAUCUUAUUACUAGCAGUUACUAGGGAAGAUUAGUAUAUCAGGUUUCCUUGUAGCUCUUGUAUUUCACUUUCAUUGCUUUUGUUAUAUUGCUUCUAAUUUUAGCUUAUUUUUAUAUGUAUAUUUUUACAUUAUUGCUUGAAGCCAAGGUAUUUACUAGAAUGUAUAAGCUAUAACAAUCUCUGCGUGGGUUGAAUGUUUUUGCACUAGCAUUUAAAGACUAUAUUUACUUAGUCAAAGGGGUGGAUGCACACAAUUUAUAUCAAUAAACAAGUUUAUAUAUAUUUUAUGUAAAAAAUCUUGUAUCAAACUGUUGUCUGUAGUAUGAAAACAAGUGUACAAAAGUGAGCAUAUAAGUUAUAUGGCAUGGAUAGACUCUUAGGA